GUGACCAGAAAAUACCUAAGUCAAAUGUUACCAGGAAAGGCAGAGCCUUGUUUUCAUGGUGGCUCUGGGCCCAGGCAACUUCCUUCUCCCGGGGACUUCGGAGUUGGUGCCCUGCCUGCAAACAAGAGGGAGCUAGUGUCCCCGGGGGGAGCCUGGAGCAGGCGCUGAGCUUGCGGAAGACCCCCCCCCAACUCUUGCUGAGGUGUCUGGGUAACACACAGGGGCCAAAACGAUGGGUGGCUGCCCAAGGACCCACUGAGGCACAGAUUCUUCAGAGUUCCUUACUGAGAGCCAGGCAUGCGUCUGUGGGACCCACAUUCCUCGGGGAACAGACACUGAAAAUGGAGAGAUGUGUGAGCUGAGGAUAUGGACGCAGAGCGAGAAGCCCUUCAGUGCAUUGCCUACCCCGAAGUGCAGAGCUUCUGUCGGAAACACGGCUUGACAUUCGAGGUGGUUGAUCUGAGGUGGGGUGUCCCGAACACACAGGCCACUGACCACUUGACCACAGAACUCUGCUUAGAAGAACUUGAACGCUGCCAGAAAACAUCCAUAGGACCAGCUUUUGUGGCUCUCCUGGGCGACCAGUAUGGCCCCUGCCUGGUUCCCCAACGGAUCGAGGAGAAAGAGUGGGAGGCACUAAGGGCCCAGCUAACCUCCAGGCCUCGGGAUCUGGAGCUGGUGGCCAGACAUUUCCGGAGGGACGACAACGCCAUCCCUCCCACCUACGUGCUGCAGCCUCCAGGCUCCGUGGAGGCCCCAGGGCCUGAGGAGGCCACCUUGACCUCUGUCCUGCGAGGUGGAGCUCAGGAGGCCUGGAGGCUGGGCCUCAUCAGCCAGGAGCAAUGGAAGUGUUACAAUCGAUCAGUCAUUGAGUGGGAGAUCGAGCAGGGCCUCCUGAGCUCAGCACAAGGGGACCAGGGAGCUACCAUCUUCCUGAGAGAUGUACAGGACCUCAGUAAACACAUUUUGGACGAUUGUUCUCUGAAGAUGGUGGAUCGGCUGGCGGAUGGCUGCCUGGACACCGGAGCCCAGAGUCUUCUCAGUGGCCUUAAGGAACGCAUACUGGAUGCUCAGCCUGGAGCCCUAAAGUCCCACCGCCUGCCCUGGAGCCGUGACCUGGUCAAUCCCAAGAAUAAGGCUCAUGCCCGCUACCUGAAGGAGCUGAGUGAGCAGUUUGUGGCCAGGACCAACCAUCAGGUCCUGGAGCAACUUCGAGAGCUGGAGUCAGCCAGACAGGAGCUGGGCUGGCUCUACCAGGAGAUCCGCCACCACCUCUGGCGGGGUACAGAGUCCACCAGCAUCUUCUGUGGCCACCAGGAACUCCUGGCCCAGCUGGGGCAGCGGCUCAGACAGGAUGACAGCCGGCCCCAUACUCCGCUGGUUCUCUUCGGGCCACCAGGCAUCGGGAAGACGUCCCUCAUGUGCAAGCUAGCCGAGCAGGUACCAAGGCUUCUUGGCCACAAGACGGUGGCCGUCCUGAGGUUGUUGGGGACAUCAAAGAUGAGCCUGGAUGCCCGAAGCCUCCUCAGGAGUGUGUCCUUUCAGCUGUGCCUGGCCUAUGGGCUGCCACUGCCCCCAACCCAGGUCCUGGAGGUCCACGCCAGGGUGGGCCACUUCUUCCACACCCUCCUCCACACUGUGUCUCGGAGGAACUUUGAGUCCCUGGUGCUGCUCCUGGACGCAGUUGAUGAUCUAGAUUCCACAUGCCAUUCUCGGAGGGUCUCCUGGCUACCCCUCAAGUGUCCCCCAAAGGUACAUCUCAUCCUCUCUACAUGCUCAGGCCAGCAGGUGUUGCACACCCUGCAGCAGACCCUCAAGGACCCCAGCGCCUACUGGGAGGUGAAGGCCCUGUCUGGAUGUCAAGGACAGGAGUUCAUCCAGCUGCUACUGGCUGCAGAAAGGAGAACGCUGAGCCCGGCUCAGAGGGAUGUCCUCUGGGCCAGCCUCCCAGAGUGCGGCCACCCAGGGCGGCUAAGGCUGGCCUUUGAGGAGGCCCGGAAGUGGGCCUCCUUCACUGUGCCAGUGCCCUUGGCCACCACAGCUGAGGAAGCCACUCACCAGCUCUGCAUCCGCCUGGAGGAGACCCACGGGCAGCUGCUGGUGGCCCACGUGCUGGGUUACAUUGUGUCUUCCAGGUACGGCCUCUCGGAGGCGGAGCUGAAGGACGUAUUGUCUUUGGAUGAUGAGGUCCUGCAGGUCGUGUACCGGGACUGGACACCGCCCAGCAAGGAGCUCCUGCGCUUCCCACCCCUGCUGUGGGUGCGGCUCCGCCGGGACCUGGGACACUGCUUGACUAGGAGGCCCGUGGAUGGUUGCACGCUGCUGGCCAUCGCGCACAGACAGCUGUCCAAGGUGAUCCGGGUUCGAUACCUGUCUGGGCCUGAGAGAUCCAAGAGACAUGGUAUGCUAGCUGAAUUCUUCUCUGGAGCCUGGAGCCAGGGCACCAAGAAACUCAUCACCUUGCCACUCGUGGGGAAGCCCCUAAACCUGGACCGCAAGGUGGCCCCGCAGCCACUGUGGUUCUCAGGUACAGUCGCCAACCGGAGGAAGCUGACAGAACUGCCCUUCCAUCUGCUGCACGCGGGCCGCAUGGAGGAGCUGAAGCAGGAGGUGCUGGGGAACAUGAGCUGGAUCUCCUGCCGGGGCAUCUCUGGGGGCAUUGAGGACCUGCUGGAUGACUUUGACAUGUGUGCCCCUCACAUGGACUCUCCUGAGGUCGGUCUGGUCAGAGAAGCCCUCCAGCUGUGCCGCCCUGCUGUGGAGCUCCGGGGCAUGGAGAACAGCGUCCUGUACACCGAGCUCCUGGCCAGGCUCCUUUUCUUUGCUACGUCGCAUCCAGCGAUGAUUGGGCAGCUGUGCCAACAAGCCCAGAGCUGGUUCCGGGCCUGCCCACACCCAAUGCUGGUGCCCCUGGCAGGAUUCCUACAGCCACCCGGGGGACGGCUUCGAGCCACUCUCACUGGAUGUCACAAAGGCAUCACCGCCGUAGCAUGGAGCCUAGAAGAGAAGCUCCUGGUGGUGGGCACCCAGGAUGGCGUCAUGGUCGUGUGGGAUGUGGAGGAACAACAGGUGGUCCACGUUCUAACAGGACACACAGCUGAGGUGAGGUGCAUUCAAGUGUUUGCCCAAGGGACUCUCGCCAUCUCUGCGUCAAAGGACCGUACCCUACGCCUGUGGAGCCUGCUCUCUGGCCAGGAGAAAGCCACCAUUUUGGACAGAGGCUCAGCAAAUCCCACAGAGCCUCGGAGCUGGGACCUCCACGUGGAUGAGAUAAAGAAAGUCGUAUACCUAACAUCUGGUUCAAAGAUCAAUGUGUGGAGUCUGGAAACCGCGAAGCUGGUUUUCUGUGUCCCGGGAGAUGCCUCUGAUCCCUGGGCCUGUGUGGCGGUGCUGGCUGCCCAGGGCAUGCUGCUCACUGUGUCCAAGGGUGGCCAGGUCAGUCGGUGGAACUCAGCCACGGGGAAACUGCAGGAGAAACGGCAGUUGUCCAGCAUCAAAGAGGAGAUGCCCACCUGUGCUGUCUCCAUCCAGACACGGGCAAAGCUGGUCACUGGUUUCAGCAGCGGCUCCAUCUCCCUGGUUUCCUCUGGAGAAGACAGGCUGCUGGAGAAGCUUCCGGAAGCCGUGGGGUUCCUGGUGGUGUCCGCAGACGACUCCGUUCUCGCCGCAGGCUUUGGAAGAUCUGUGCGGAUUUUCUUGGCUGACUCACAAGGCUUCCACCGGUUCAUGGCCACGGAUCUAGAACACGAGGAUGUGGUGGAGACAGCAGUUUUGGGGCCUGAGAACAAUGUGAUCAUCACUGGCUCCCGGGAUGCACUCAUCCAGGUGUGGAGUCUGUCAGAACAGGGGACCCUGCUGGAUGUCCUGGAGGGCGUGGGUGCCCCUGCGAGCCUGCUGGUCCGGGGUGGGACUCUGGUGGUGUCUGCAUCCUGCAAGUCUUCAUCUUUAAAAGUCUGGGAUCUCAGGUCCACUCAGAAGCCGAGGUCUCCUGCUCCCUUUCUGGACCGCACAGGCCUGGCUGCGGUGUCCCAUCAUGGCAGCUACAUCUACUUCCCCAAGGUCGGGGACAAAAACAAAGUCACGAUUUGGGAUUUGGCAGAAGGUGAGGAGCAGGAUUCCUUGGACACGUCCAAUGAGGUCCGGUGUCUGGAAGUGGCGGAGCAGGCUAAGCUCCUCUUCACAGGCCUGGUUUCGGGGAUCGUGCUUGUGUUCCCCCUGAAUUCCAGGCAAGAUGUGCUGUGUAUCCCCCCGCCUGAGGCCCGCAAAGCUGUCAACUGCAUGUCCCUGAGCAAGAGCGAGGACCGGCUGGCCAUCGCCUAUGACAACAUCGUCCUGGUGCUGGACAUCAGCCCCGGGGACCCAUGUCCCGCCAUCGAGGGCCCCACCUACACCUUUUACACCCAGCUGCCCGAGACCAUAGCAAGCGUGGCUGUGCUGGCCGACUACCGCGUGCUCUACGGCAUGACUGACGGCGGCCUCUUCCUGUACGACUGCACACGGUCCAAAGUGUUCCCCCUGGAGGCUCACAGGAGCAGGGUGAGCUGCGUGGAGGUCAGCCACGGGGAGCAGCUGGCAGUGAGCGGAGCCGAGGAUGCGCUGCUCUGUCUCUGGGACCUGCAAGCUUGCAGGGGGAUGUUCGAGAUGAGCUACGAGAGCUCCUACUGCAGAGGGGUGCGGUGUGCCUGCUUCUCGAAGGACGACAAGUACGUUUUCGCAGGCAUGAAGGACCGCUCCAUCAUCGCCUGGAGUGCGCUGGACGGCACCCUGCUGGCCGUCCAGUUUGUCCACGCUGUGGUCAACCGAAUCAUCCCCACCUCCAAUGGCUUCAUGGCCCCCACAAGCCACGGCUAUCUCAUCAGAGAACGCUUCCAGUGCCCAUCAGCCAGAGCCUCCCAGCAAGACCCUCUCAAGAACUUCAAGAAGGCAGUGUGGUUGGUCAAGACCAGGCAAAGGGAAGAGCAGCUGGCUGCAGCAGAGGCCUCCCAGGACACAGGAUCAGUGGCCGAGGAGGGAAAGGAAUCGAAAUCAAAUAAGCGCUCACAGGUCUGCCUGAUACUGUGAAGGCCCACGGAGCCCAGGAAUGCAGCGGGUUAGCCUUGACUCAUCUGGUUGAAGCAAACUGACCAACUCUGCUGGUGCCCUGUGGACCCCAGGCCACCCUCUGACAUCUUCCAUUUUUCCCCACCUCCUUUUCUGUGGGGUUCUCAGACCUGCCCCUCUCAGGUAGCAGCAGCCUGCAUCUCCCACCCUAACCCACGACCUUGGAUCAAAGCCUUGGCUCUGCCUCUGUUGGUCCCAGUGGGCACAACUCUCAUCCUGAGCCAAUCGCUGGCUCCGGGAGGAUAGGCAAUCACUGUGGGGACCACGAGUGACCCAUUGGAGAGCAACACUGUGUGGCAGACAGUGACAGACUUCAGGGACGUGGUGGGCACUGUCCUGUCUUGGAUGGCAGUGACCAUCCAGCUGCAGCCCAGAAUCCACAUGGCAAAGCCAGCCUGUGUUACAGGUCUUUCCUUUUCCGUAUGUGAAGCCAGAGUCCUGGACUGUCUGUCACACCACGCACACGCUGGCCCUUCUGAAAGUGGUGAUUGGCACACGUGGUCACAGUUAGCCUGUGUGUAGCUCCUGCUCUGACUGCGACUCAAAAUGUAUGUACAAAAUCCACGCUAGAUGGUUGGCAGCUUAGUCUUCAAUCCCAGCACUCAGGAGCCGGAGACAGGCAGAUUCUUGUGUGUUCAAGGCCAGCCUAGUCUAGAGUGAGUUCCAGGACAGCCAGAAAGAGAUCCUGUAGAAAAAAAAAAAAGAAGAAGGAAGGAAGGAAGGAAGAAAAAAGAAAAAGAAUCCACGUGGGCUAGGGCUGGCUCAGGGCUUAAAGCAUCUGCAGUCCCAGUGUGAGAACUAGAGACCUCUCCAACCCUCUGAACCCUUCAGACUCAGCCCCAGAAUGUAGAGACGGGCUCAGUUCAUUCUGCUGCUGUGACAGAAACACUCCGACCAAGAGCAACUGCAGGGAGGCACUUCCAGGCCACAGGCCACCGCUGAAGGAAGCAGGGAAAAGAACUCAAGCAGGGACAGAACAGGCUGCAGGCUAUUGUGCACAGCAUGACCUCUGGCCAGGGGAUGCACUGGCCAAGGAAGGUCAGCAGUGUCCUGGUCACUGUCCUGUUGCUGUCAAAAGGCAACUCAUUUAAAAAGAAGCAUUUCAUUGGGCUGGCUUACAGUUUCAGAGACCUAGUCCAUUAUCACCAUGGCAGGGAGCAUGGAGGCAUGCAUGGCAGGCAUGGUGCUGGAGAAGGAACUGAGAGAUAUAUUAUGAUCUGCAGACCGACAGGCAGAGAGGGAGAGGGAGGGGGAGAAAGAGAGAGAGAGAGAGAGAGAGAGAGAGAGAGAGAGAGAGAGAGAGAGAGAGAUGGAGUUUUGAAACCUCAAAGCCUACCCCAUGAUACUUCCUCCAACAAGACCACAUCUAACCACUGUAAUCUUUUCAAACAGUUCCACUGCCUGGUGGCCAAACAUUUGAAUAUAUGUCCCUACUGGAGUCAUUCUCAUUCAAACUACCACAAGCAGGAACCAUGGAGAGUGCUGUUUUUGGCUUUCUUUGGAUCAUUAGCUUUCUCAUAUAGGCCCAGAACCACCUGCCCAGGGAAUAGUGCCACCCACAACAGGUUCCCACCUACAUCAACUAACAGUCAAGAUAGUCCCCCAUGGAAGAGCCCAUAGACCAAUCUGAUCUGUGCAAUGCUUCAAUUGGGACUCGCUUGUCAGGAGACUCUAGGCUGUGUGAAGUUGACAGUUAAAGCUAACUAGGUCACAGAGGAUCCUGAACAUUCUGGCUAGCUAAGCUAGACACAUCUUCGAGUUCUGGAUUUGAUUAAGAGACCCUGCCUCAGUGAAUAAGGUGGAAAAGGAAUCAAGGACAAUUCCUGACUUAACCUCAGGCCUCCCUCCACAAAUAUACACGCAUGCACGCACACACACAUACACACACACAGUCUUAUCAGGCCUCCACAAAUACGUGCAUACAUACACACACACACACACACACACACACACACACACAGAGUCUUAUUAGGCCUCCACAAAUACAUACAUACAUACACACACAUACACACACACACACACACACACACACACACACACACACACACACACAGUCUUAUCAGGCCUCCACAAAUACAUACAUACAUACACACACACACACAUACACACACACACACACAGUCUUAUCAGGCCUCCACAAAUACAUACACACACACACACACACACACACACACAGUCUUAUCAGGCCUCCACAAAUACAUACAUACAUACACACACACACACAUACACACACACACACACACAGUCUUAUCAGGCCUCCACAAAUACACACACACGCACACACGUACACACGCACACACGCACACACACACACACACAGUCGUAUGAUGCCCAAACGGGCCCAAACUCCAUGUGUAGCCAGUGGUGCUGUUGAUCUCUUGAUCUUCCCACCUCCACUUGCUGUUGGACCAGAGUCGUGACCAUGCUUAGCUCCCUGACACAACAGGGCACACCAGCACCCCCCUGCUUUGCUGCCGACCCUCUGCCUUGAAACGGCUCUCUCCACUGUGCCCACAGCCGUCUACUGAGCCUGGCUUGUGCCUGGAGCCCUGCUACAGUCAGACCUUAGAGGGAGCGCUCCCCUCACUCCCUGGGACUCCAGACAGACUCAUCAAUGCAUCAGUCGGAAAGAGCCAUUACUCUUCUUGGUGUCGGAGAUGGAACCCAGGACUUGCUGGGCAGGUGCUCUACAGAGAGCCACGCCCCCCGCCCCUGCCUGAGGGGUUCCAGGUAGGAGCUCUGCUGCUGAGCCACACUUCCAGCUUCAAAGUGACGCUUUUGAAGAUAUCUCAUUCAGUUAUUUCCCAAACGAGGGUUCCAAAAUGCACACUUCGGCAGUUCUGAAAAUGUUAGUGUCAAAUUUCAUUUAAAAAAUACGCCGGGCGGGUGGUGGCGCAUGCCUUUAAUCCCAGCACUCGGGAGGCAGAGGCAGGCGGAUCUCUGUGAGUUCGAGGCCAGCCUGGUCUACAGAGCGAGAUGCAGGACACACACCAAAACUACACAGAGAAACCCUGUCUCGAAAAACAACAACAACAACAAAAAAUUAAUAAUAGUCUGGAGAGAUGGCUUAGCAGUUAAGCUUCAUGCUGCUCUUGCAAAGGACCCAAGUUUGAUUCUUAACACCCACACCAGGUGGCUCACAACCAGCCCCAGGGGAAUCCAAUGCCUUAGGCCUUUGCAGACACCUGCACUCAUACACACAUACACACACACACACACACACACACACACACACACACACACACACACAAUUACAAAUAAGAUCAAUCUUUAAAAAAUUUAUGGGCCAGUGAGCUGACUCGGGGAAUAAUGGCACUUCGAACACAACCCUGAUGGCUGAGUUCAGUCUCCGGGACCCACAGAGUGAAAGGAGAGACCUGACCUCACAGAGUUGCUCACUGACUCCACACAUUCACCAUGCCGGUCACCGCCCCCCAUCAUGCACACAUACACGCAACAAUAAUAAUAAAUUUAAAGAUACAUUUUAAGCUUUAGCUUAAAAAUAUAUGCUCAGGUGCAUUGAACAAUAACUUUAGAUUUUUUAAAUAGUAUUUUAUUUUUAUUAACCUAUUAACUGUAUAUACUAAUGGGACCCAUGUGAUAUUUCAACAUGAAUGCAGCACACACUCAUCAAACAGUUUAUCCACCUUCACCUCUGUCCCAAGCUGGUCCUCACAGUUCCAUGUCCUUUGAAGUCCAGUGUAUGAGUGAGGAAAUGUGGUGCUGUCAUUCUGCGUCGACUUUAUUGAGCACGAUGUCCUGCAGUUCUGCCUGUUUUGCUACAAAUGACCAUCUUUCAUGUUCUGCCUUAUGGCCGCAUACUAUCCUAUCAUUGAGAUACCACAUAUUCUUUUUCCAUCCGCUCCAGUGUUGGCGAAUGCUAGUUUAGGAAGUCUCCCACCAUUUAACUGAAGGAUCCUUAGCUUAAGCAGAGAGCCCUAGACGGGGGAAGGGUACUUUUUUGUCCCCCCUUCUCUCUUUUUUCGAGACAGGGUUUCUCUGUGUAGCCCUGACUGUCCUAAAACUCACUCUAUAUACCAGGCUGGCCUAGAACUCACAGAGAUCUGCCUGCCUCUGCCUCCCCCGUGCUGGGAUUAAGGCAUGUGCAUGAUCGGGUUUAAUCAACGUGGAAAGGAUGCAUUUGUCAUAACAGGGAAGGUUUUGAUGUACAGCGUUUGGCCUAAAAAUUCCAGUGUCACCGGGCGGUGGUGGCGCACGCCUUUAAUCCCAGCACUCGGGAGGCAGAGGCAGGCGGAUCUCUGUGAGUUCGAGGCCAGCCUGGGCUACCAAGUGAGUUCCAGGAAAGGCACAAAGCUACACAGAGAAACCCUGUUUCAAAAAACCAAAAAACAAAACAAAACAAAACAAAAAUUCCAGUGUCUGGGGCAUGGACACGCAGGCGGUUAAUCCCAGCUGCUGGGAGGGAGAGGCAGGAGGAUCUCUGCGAGUUUGAGGCCAGCCUGGUCUACAUAGCAAGACCCUGUCUCAAAAACAAAACAAAACAAAAAAUAAAAUUCCUGUGUUCACUGCAA